AUGCACGUCGAGGGAGUAGAGUCGCAGACGCAGUGGCCGAGCAAGAAGCGCAGAUGCACAGACGCGGAGAUCGCCUGGUAUGAAUGGGCGAUGGCUACAGCAAGUUCCAUCAGAGCCAAGAUAACGAUAUCCAGGACUGGCUACAGCAAGAAAGUGAAGGCUGACCGAAGCGAGAAGGAGUCCAAGUGGAUACCAAUGGGGUUGCCACGUCUCCACAGAGCCUCGGGCGGGUCUCCAGGGACUUUUCCGAUGCGCCACCGGAGGUUCUCGGCAGGCAGGCAGACCGAGGCACGACCAGAGGCGCACGACAGGUACUCGACAGGCGGACAGAUCCAGAACACAGAGGCUACCCACAUGAGGUGCGACCUCCAGGCCAAGGCGUACUGCAUGCAGAAGGACCCGAAGCCCACCCACAUGAGCUACGCUUUGGAGGCAAUGCAGUUCAGCACAAAGCAGCACUCCCCACGGGAGUGGCUGCCGACCCUCCGGGGCAGCCUGGUCGCGCGCGGCAAGGCCUGCCUUGGCCCCCCCGCCCUCGCUAACGCCGCCGCGCUGCUGGAAUUCGACGGCCCGGAAAUUGAGAAGCAGCUCGAGUCGGGACCAGCCAGGCGGUGCCGACGGCCCGUGGAGAGGGCCCCGAAGAAGGUCGAGAGGCAGCUCGAGGCUGCGGGAGGCAUGCAGCGCGCCGGGCCUCGCCACGCGGCCGGCGGCGGAGGCCUGCCGCCCGCUGCCGCGCAGAGCCCCGAGAGGCAGAAGGACGCCGCCAAGAAGGCGAUGACCUUAGCGCUGGUUACCGCGCGGCGAUAUGUACACGGAUCUCCGGCAAGGCUGCUGGUCUCCGUGCUCCUGCUCUCCGCCACGGGCCUCUACCUCACCCUGCCCCCCGCGGACGACGGCGCGGCGCUGUCCUCGCCACGCAGACAGGCCCUGCGCGGCGAGGCCGCGCGGCCGCUCGCCGAGGAGGCCGCGCGGCGAGACCGCGUCGAGGCGGACGGGCUGGUCCGAGGAGCGGCUCCUGGAGCGGCCCAGGAGCGCCUCGCGCGGGCGCGCGAGACGGGCGGGUUCACGUGCCUCGACGGCAGCUACUUCGACAGCAUCGAGGUAUUGAAUGACGAUUUCUGUGAUUGUCCAGACGGGAGUGACGAGCCUGGGACUUCGGCAUGCUCUGGGGUGCUCGCGUCACCGAGCGCGCUGCCCGGCUUCUCGUGCAG